GUGGCACUUAGUCACCGGCCCGCCCCCGCCCGAGCUCCAGGCCGCCGCAGCCCUAGCUCCCUGCUCCGCCCGCACGCUCAGGUCGCCGGCUCUGCUCGGGUCGCCCGCGUCGUCAGGCCCGCAGCCUCGGCGCCCGGCCGGCCGCAGCAGCACCGGUCUCGCGGAGCGGCGCCAUGGCCCUGUCCCAGGUGCAGUGUCUGGACGACAGCCACGUGAACUGGCGCUCGAGCGAGGCCAAGCCCGAGUUCUUCUACAGCGAGGAGCAGCGGCUGGCGCUGGAGGCCCUGGUGGCCCGCGGCCGGGAGGCUUUCUACGAGGUGCUGCAGCGCGAGAACAUCCGCGACUUCCUGUCGGAGUUGGAACUCAGGCGCAUCUUGGAGACCAUCGAGGUGUACGACCCGGGCUCGGAGGAUCCUCGGGGCACCGGCCUCGCCCGGGGGCACCAGGACAGCGGGGUUGGUCACUGUGCGGAGGAGGCCAGCGGAGUGGGCGGAACCCCUGCCGAGGCCGAGCCGCCCCCCUCGCUGGAGUACUGGCCCCAGAAGUCCGACCGCUCCAUCCCGCAGCUGGACCUGGGCUGGCCCGACACCAUCGCCUACCGCGGAGUGACGCGGGCCAGCGUGUACAUGCAGCCCCCCAUGGAGGGGCAGGCCCAUAUCAAAGAGGUGGUGCGCAAGAUGAUCAGCCAGGCCCAGAAGGUGAUAGCUGUGGUCAUGGACAUGUUCACUGAUGUGGACAUCUUCAAGGACCUGCUGGAUGCUGGCUUCAAGAGGAAGGUGGCCGUGUACAUCAUCGUGGACGAGAGCAAUGUCAAGUACUUCCUGCACAUGUGUGAGCGGGCCCGCAUGCACCCGGGGCACCUCAAGAAUCUCAGGGUGCGCAGCGGUGGGGGAACUGAGUUCUUCACCCGGUCGGCCACCAAGUUCAGAGGCGCCCUGGCCCAGAAGUUCAUGUUUGUGGACGGAGACCGAGCAGUGUGCGGCUCCUACAGCUUUACAUGGUCGGCUGCGAGGACGGACCGGAACGUGAUCUCUGUGCUGUCCGGCCAAGUGGUGGAGAUGUUUGACCGGCAGUUCCAGGAGCUGUAUCUCAUGUCACAGGGUGUCAGCCUCAAGGACAUCCCCAUGGAGAAGGAGCCGGAGCCGGAGCCUGUUGUGCUGCCUGCUGUGGUCCCCCUGGUGCCUGCAGGCUCUGUGGCUAAGAAGCUGGUCAACCCCAAGUACGCAUUGGUCAAGGCCAAGAGCGUUGAUGAGAUUGCCAAGACCUCUUCCUCUGAGAAGCAGGCGGCCCAGAUGCCCCCAGGACUGCGGGGCCCUGCCCUGGCUGAGCGGCCAGGUGACCCCCCUGAGUUGCCACUGCCUGUCCACCCAGGACUGCUCAACCUAGAGAGGGCCAACAUGUUCGACUACCUGCCCACAUGGGUGGAGCCAGACCCCGAGCCUGGCAGUGACAUCCUGGGCUACAUUAACAUCAUCGACCCCAGCAUUUGGAACCCCCAGCCCAGCCAGAUGAACCGCAUCAAGAUCCGCGACACGGCCCAUGCCAGCACCCAGCACCAGCUGUGGAAGCAGAGUCAGGAGGCCCGCCCCUCCCCAGGGCCCAGCAACCCCAAAGACAAGGUUCCAGCUGAGAAUGGCUUCCCCCAGGAGGACCUUGAGCCACAGCCUCCAGUGCCCAAGCCCCGGACGGUCCCUGUGGCAGAGCUACUUGCACAGGAUGGCAAAGAUGGUGAUCUGCUUGCCCAGGAUGGUGUUGACUGGGCCCUGGAGGAGACAACCCCAAAUGGGACAGACCUUGGAGUGUCCAGGACAGUGGACUCAGACCAGGCCCUGCUCCAGCAGCACCUGUCUGUGACCCAGGAUGACCCUAAUGGCCUGGGAGCAGGGCUCCCAAAUGGGCUGGAUGGGGAAGAGGAGGAGGAAGAUGAUGAUGACUAUGUGACCCUCAGUGACCAGGACAGCCUCUCAGGCAGCUCCAGCUGUGGCCCUGGUCCCCGGCGGCCCUCGGUGGCCUCUUCCAUGUCAGAUGAAUACUUCGAGGUAAGGGAGCGCUCAGUCCCUCUCCGGAGGCGCCACUCAGAGCAGAUGACCAAUGGGCCAGCCCAACUACCCCACCGACAGCUGAGUGCCCCCCACAUAACCCGAGGGACCUUUGCUGGACCCCAGACUGGCUCCCCGUGGGCACAAGGUCGAGCGAAAGAAGAGUCAGACACAUCGAGGAGGACGCAGGCCCAGCGCUCUGGGGACAAGGAGGCACAGGGCCAGCACCUCCACCGCUAUGGGGGCCCUGCCUCGAAGACCCCAGGACCCCCCCGCUACCGCCCUGCUGCUGAUGGCACCCAGAGCUCUCCAAGGAAAGCUGGCCUGGUUAUGGGAGGGCCCCACCCCUGGCAGCCCAAGACUGGCCCAAUAGCCCGUGUACUGCCCAAUCCUGGGAGCCCAAGGCCAGCGCGGAACACCUACAUCCUGGCUGAUGGCAGGGCUGCUGAUGAGUAUCCAAGUCCCUUCGGAAUCCCGUACUCCAAACUGUCCCAGUCAAAGCACCUAAAGGCCAAGUCAAGUGGCAGCCAGUGGGCCUCAUCCGAUUCUAAGCGGAGGGCCCAGGCCCCCCGGGACCAAAAGGACCCCUAG